AUGCGUCUGGGCGGAGGGCGGGGGCCACGCCGCGCCCGAGGGCGUGAAGGAGAGAGAUGGGGCCCACCUCGAACUCCAACGUGGCAGGCGCCAGCGCACAGCCCGCCAGAGGUCAUCACGGCCGAGGCGGGGACCAUUGGACAGCUAGAACGUCAUCAAGAGGCGCGUGACCGAGACGAGGACCCCAGGGGAGCCAUGACGGACCCUCGGCAGAGCGACUCGGUCCUCCCAACCGGGCUGUGGGUCUUGCUGGUGGUCUUCUCGCUGGUGCCCUCGGCGCCGAGCGAGGCGGAGGGUUUUUGUUAG